AUGGCCCAUCGUGAUGAUGAAGAGGACUGGACUUUCUUUGAUGCUUCUUUGACCCCUGUUCAUGAUUUGAGAGACUGUGAAUGUGAUGCUGCCAUUGCCCACGUGCGUCCUGUCAGUGUAUGGGACAACGCCGAAGAGGAGUCAGAAAGCCGUGACAUGGUGGAAGUGAUCCUUGAUUCGGGCGCUGACCUUUCCUUAGCUCCAUUUGAGUAUGCUUCAUAUGGAACACCAUGCAUGCAGUCAAAGCAGAAUGUACGUGAGAAGUUUCUUUUAGGACCUGUGCAGCAGCCAAUUCUUUGUUUGGGCAAGUUCUUCCAGAACGGCUGGAGCUUGAAUCAGACUGCAACCUCCCAAUUGGCUUUGUCGAAAGAGGAUAUUGCAAUUGAUGCGCACUACAAACAAAACUCUCUGCAGGCAUGUGCUUUUGUCCGGGCUCUGACCAGUGAUGACAUUCCUGUGACUCUUUUGAGUGAAUUUUCUGGAGUGCAACGUCGUGAAGGCUGGCAUUGUUUCGAGAGCGAAGAGUUUUGGUUUCCAGUGCAUUUUAGCAAGAACAGUGUCAGAUUCAAGUCCGGCCUGCCUGCAUACAUCCCAGACGCAUGGCACACUUUGUUGUACAUUGAAGGCAAAUGGUUGAUCGUGGAAGGCAACCAGUUGUAUGUUGAGGAGGUCAUGCCAUAUGGCAGACAUGGUAGGACUGGAUGUCCCAUGAUCACCAUUUUGCAUCAAGGUGCGUUGCCGUGGCAUUUGUUUUUCAGGUCUCCUUCCGAGUGUCCUGAGAGGUUUCGAUUUCUCCGCCCUCGAGUUCAGCAGACCAAGUCCCAAGCUGAGUCCAUGCAAGUUGACCAAACAGGCAAUGAAGAUCAGAGUUCAUCUCCAGACAACGUGAGAGAAGAGCCGCGCCUAGAACACAAGGAGACCCGAGAGUGUGAAAUCCAAGCAAGUCCAAACAUUGAAGCUGUGCCGCGUGACCCUGUGGUAGAGUAUGCGCCUCCGAGCAAGAUCAAGGUUGGUGGAGUGGAACUUACAGAAGAGGGCACCUUGAAGGUGAUGAGAGAAGCGUGUGAAUUUCUUCAAAUUGGUAAGACUGGUUCAAAAGCAAAAUGCUGGAAGAGGCUCACUACUCAUUUGCACGAGUUUGAAAGCAAGAUGGCUGCAGAUGUGAUUGGACCGCCGUGUGCCUUCAGCAGUGACUCUGGCCAGUCGACCGAGUGA